CAAAAUGGAUUCUGUGAUUAGUGUGACAAGACCCACUAAAGCUGUUUUGAAUGACAUUCAUGACAUUUCGGAUAUAGAAAUGGAGGGUGAUGAUGAGGACAUACCCUCAUCGCACCGUCAAAAUACAGAGCAAAAUAACGCUAUCGUAACGCCAGGAGAGCUUGUGACCGAUGACCCAACUUGGAUGAAAGGACAUGGCACGUACUUUUUGGACAACCAGACUUUUUCCUCAGUGGCUGGAAAUGUGUCAAGAGUGAACAGGCUUCUUAGCGUCAUUCCUCUCAGAGGAAGGUACGAAGCGGAAACUGGUGAUCAUGUUGUGGGACGAAUCACUGAAGUGGGCCAGAAACGCUGGAAAGUUGAUAUCGGCUGUAAACAAGAUGCUGUAUUGAUGCUUGGAUCUGUGAACUUACCUGGAGGUGUAUUAAGAAGAAAAUCAGAAAGUGACGAGCUUCAAAUGAGAAAUUUCCUAAAGGAGGGUGACCUUCUAAAUGCUGAAGUACAGAGCGUCUUUAGUAAUGGCAUGGCAUCCUUACACACAAGGUCUUUGAAGUACGGCAAAUUGAGAAACGGGAUUUUUUUGAAAGUCCCUUCCAGCUUGAUCAUCAAACAAAAGAAUCACACCUACAACUUACCAGGAAACGUCAGUAUUAUUCUUGGGGUGAAUGGAUAUAUUUGGUUGAGUAAAACGAGUAGUGUAUCUGGUACCAGUACUUCGAAUACCUCCACCAACAAAGCGCAGAGCACUUUAUCGGCAAAAGGCACCUACAACCCUGGUCAAGGAAGUAUGUCCAUUACCCGAUUAGAGGAGGAGAGCUCAUGGGAAAUCUACAGCGAUAAAAAUGAUGCAGACAUAAGUGAGAGUACUCGUCAUACCAUAACUCGAUACUACAACGUCAUCAGAGCCCUAUGUGCAUGUGAAUUAGGUAUAAACGAACAGAGGAUUCGUAUGGGAUACGAUGCGAGUAUGAUGUACUCCGAUGCAAGUGAGCUCAUUGGGAAGGAGGCACAGGAAUCUAUUUGUAACGAUUUGAUUACUUCUGAAAAAUUGCGCGGAGCAAACUAGCCUCAAUAGCAAAAACAUCCAUGCAAUUGAUCUUUUUGGGUUGAGGACACUGUAUGUUGCUUAGAACCAAAACUCUAUGUUGAAUAAAACUAUCUAUAGAAAUCUCUUUUUUUGAGUAAGAAACGAAUGUAUGUUAGCUGAGCCACACCAAAAACGCAUAUGGUGGUUAUUAUUAACAAAGUGGUGCGGGUGAAUGAUUCAAAGAUUGAUUCAUUGACAUUUCUUAAUUCACUUUCGAGCGUCUGCAAAUUCCGAAGAGUUCC